AUGUUCUUCCGCCGUGCAAUCGACACAAACAAACCAAUCAUCUGCAAAAAAGAGGGAAAAUGUGACUUCCGUCAAGUGAAAUGCCGCUUCUGUCGUUUUCAUCAGUGUAUUCGUAUCGGGAUGAAGUGUCUCCUGGUUUCAGACGACCCAACUAAGACUAUACUGAGUUUAUUGGAGAAAAAUGCAACAAGACAAAAGCAUUUUCUGGAAGCCAUGGUGCCAACGAAUCUCUCUGUCGAAGAUAUUUUUACACGUGGCGCCCUCGAUUUUGAGGCGAAACCAGCCGACUCAAAAUAUGGAUUCUAUGAUUGGGCAGUAAUUAAUCAAUUAACAUGUAUCGACUUUGCAACAAAGUUCGAUUUCAUGAAGUACCUCUCCGCAGUGGACAUCAAGGCGAUGCUCAAAUACUCCCAUCUCAUGUAUGUGAUUCUUGUCACCGCGAUGAGAUCUUACCGAUCGAAAAAAGCGGUGAUGUGUCAUCCGGAUGGGACUGAUAUUUUUCCGGAAGAAGUUCACAAGAUCACUUGUUACAAUGAUCACUUUUUGAAUGAGAUCAGAUGCUCGUUGAUUGGACGAAUUAUUGAGUUGAACGUCACCGAGGAGGAGUUCGUGCUGUUGAGCGCGAUUUUGUUGUGCAAUCCGGCCGUCCCGCACCUCUCUCAAUCCGGACAAAUCCUUCUGAGCACCCAUCAAGAAAUGUUCUCAACCGCCCUCCUCCACUACUGUGUUCUCGAAAAUUCCACUGGCGGACCGACGAGAUUCAACGAGAUCCUCUCGUUGACGCAUGUAAUAUCGAAAACUCAAAAAGACAUUGACUACUUCUCGUCUCUGUUCCCAAUAGUCCAACCACAAGAUGUGAAGUCUAAUCUUUUCACGGACAUUCUCAGCUUCUUGCUCCGUUGA